GCAAAAACAACUAGUACUAAUAAAAAUAAAGAAAAUAUUAUUAGUGAUAAAAAAUAUGAUUUUUUAAGAUCUAUUGCUUAUAAAUAUAGUAGUAAUAAUAAUAUACUACAAACUCCUUCUUAUCAAAUUAACUAUAAUCAAAAACUUCUUGAUAAACUAGAAGAUAAAAAAGAAAAAGCAAAAUCUCUUUUAAUUGGCACAACAUGGAACAGUGUUCCCAGAAGUCUUACAGUCCUAAAGGAUGUGCUAGGAUUAAAAAAUGAUAUAAUUUGUGCACUAAAUACUGUAAAAGAAAUCAAAAAAAUUGCCCUACAAACGGAUCCAGAUAAUUUAUUUUUCAUUGAUCUUCCGGAAACAACCACUACUCCCAACAAAUCCGCCAAAAAACCGGUUGUUUAA